AUGCAGUUUGCUCUGCCGUUUGUGAAGACUAAUAUGCCUACUGCUCCUGGAAAUAUGCCACCGGUCAACGAACAAUGUAAUUCUCAGUCUCUAAUCGAUCAAAAUUAUGGUGAAAUGUAAGAAAAACCAGGGCCAAGACUCCUCAGCUGAAGUACCACAUUUGUUUUCAACACAAAUACCACAAUCGGUUCCUCGGAUGGAUUCAUUUCAACCACUAUCGAUCAAUACCCAGCAGUCAACACUUUCUGAAUCACCAAGUAGACCUUCAAAGGCCUCUGAUGUUAAUAAAAAGAAAUCGGAUUUUAAACGUGGGAUUUCACGAUUCAACAGAUGUUGAUGCAAAGUUCAUAGAUUUUCUCCAGGCAAAAACGACCAGAUUGAGUACACCAAAAGAGAGAUUUACUUGAAAAACUGCAUAGAUAAAAUCGUUUCUUGACAGUUUGAUCCCAGAAUUGGAGCCAUUAACCGACCAAAAACUCAAAACGGGAAACACAUAACUCCCUAAUCCAGGUUCGACUAAUUUUAAUUAUAAAUCAUACUAUUAAAUUGUUUUAAUGGCUUGCAGUGAUGCAGAUGGGAAUUUUAUUAUGAUAAAAACUGGUUUCGCUGGUAGAAAUAGCGAUGGAGAUAUCUUUGGAUGUAAUCGAUGGAAGUAUCAAGAAUGGGUUGUUGGCUUGAAAGAAAUGGUUUAAAUAUGCCAUAUCCUAAACCAUUGCCUAAUGACCCUAACGAAAUUAGUUUUCCUUAUUAUUUUGUAGCUGACGAAAGAUUCUCUUUAAAAAAAAUCUGAUGAGACCAUACCCACAGAGAACAUUAGCAAAUAAAAAACCAAUAUUUAACUACAGACUCAGUAGAGGUAGAAAAACUGUUGAGUGUUCAUUUGGUAUGAUGUCACAAAAAUUUCAAUUACUAUUGUCACCAAUACGAUGUACUAAUGAAACUACUAUUAACAAUAUAAAAAGAUCAGUAUGUAUUCUCCACAAUUUUAUACGUAAAAGGGAUUGAGGGAAGGUCGACAGUAUAUACCUUCCGUUGAUUUGGAUGAAGACUCUCCAGAAGACGUUCAAAUACCCGUUGAGUUUCUCAGAGACAACAACGAUCAAAAUGAGUUGCUGAGAACACGAACGGCGAGUCACCUAAAAGAUUUUUUGUCUUCAUAUUUUGUUAAGCCUUGGCAUCGCUGCCAUGGCAGUGGAAUAAGUGUGUAUAGUUAUUAA